AUGUCUCAGUACGCCAGUUCAUCGUCAUGGACUUCAUUUUUGAAGUCUAUCUCAUCAUUCAAUGGUGACCUUUCAUCUUUAACUGCGCCCCCAUUCAUUCUUUCACCGGUUUCGUUGACUGAAUACUCUGAGUACUGGGCUGAACAUCCUGACUUGUUCUUAGAACCUUCUUUCAUCACUGAACCUGAUAGUGAUGGUACGCCCCCAGAAUUGUUGCGUAUGUUGGCCGUUGUUAAAUGGUUUAUUUCAACUUUGAAAUCACAGUAUUGUUCUCGUAAUGAGUCCAUGGGAUCUGAGAAGAAACCUUUAAACCCAUUCUUAGGAGAGGUGUUCGUUGGGAAAUGGAACAACAAAUCGAAUCCUGAAUUUGGUGAAACCGUCUUAUUAUCUGAACAAGUUUCUCAUCAUCCUCCUAUCACUGCUUAUACAAUCUUCAAUGAUAAGAAUCAGGUGAGUUUGGAAGGUUACAACCAAGUUAAAGCAUCGAUCUCCAAGAUGUCAUUGAAUGUGAAGCAAUACGGACACGCCAUCUUAAACUUUGGUAAAUUAAACGAACAGUACUUGAUUACAUUACCUCCUUUGCAUAUCGAAGGUCUUUUAGCUGCUUCCCCAUUCGUAGAAUUGGAAGGUAAAUCAUACAUUCAAGCUUCCAAUGGUCUUUACUGUUCUAUUGAGUUUUCAGGUAAGGGUUAUUUCAGCGGUAAGAAGAAUUCUUUUAAGGCAAGAAUCUUUAAAAGUUUUAACGACUCCAAUGACAAGCAUAACGCUUUGUAUACGAUAGCCGGUCAGUGGUCGAAGAUCUCCCACAUCUCUUCCGGAAAAUCAAAAAGUGGCGAGACAGUAUUCUACGAUGCAUCGAAGCUUUCAGUGGAAACAUUGACCGUAAAGAGUAUAGAGGAACAACAUCCGCUGGAAUCUAGAAAGGCCUGGCAACUUGUAGCUGCUGCAACGAAAUCUGGUAAUUUUGAUCUGAUUCAUCAAGAAAAAACUAAGCUCGAAGAAAAGCAAAGAGAACUUAGAAGGGAGGAAGAAGCUAAGGGAAUUGAUUGGCAAAGAAGAUGGUUCAAGGAUUACGAUUAUUCCGAAAAAGAUCCUGACACCUUUACCAAAUUAGCCAUCUUGGCAAAUAUAUCAGUGAAGAACUUACCUAGUGGAACACUGGUUUCGGAAGAAAAGAAGGAUGCAAAUAUGUUGCAUUGGAGAUUCGAUCACGAAAGCUGGGAUAAGGAAACAGAAAUUAAACUUUGA